UGCGCCUGCGCCAACUGGAGGAGGCCGAGUCAGGAAGACCCUGCUACACCAGGUUAAGAGGUUGCAGGCAGGAGGAAGGUUAUAUAAGUCGAUUCCCAUCAUAUUUUUUAACUACUAAUAUUGUUUUCAGUCGGAUACAGAACCAUGAAUCCUGAUAUUUUAAAAGAGCGGAAAAACGCCACUUUUGACGUCGAAAAACUGACCUACAUUUUGGAUGGGGGCCCUGAAAAGACCAGAAGACGGCGAGAAAUUGAGACCAUGGUUCUCAACGACCCAGACUUUCAAGAGGAGGAUCAAAACUUCCUGUCCCGCAGUGAGCGCUAUGACCAGGCUGUUAGAAAAAGUGCCCAAAUGAUCCUGAAGCUCAGAGAGUAUGGCAUCGCAGACCCAGAGGAAAUCUACUGCUAUAAGAAUAUGAUUAGAGGCAACUUCCAUGAGGCCUUGGGGCUACACUAUGUCAUGUUCAUCCCGACCCUGUACAGCCUGUGUGAUCCUCAGCAGUCCAGGAAAUGGUUACCUCUGGCAGAAUCCUUCAAGGCCUUGGGCACAUAUGCCCAAACUGAGCUGGGUCACGGCACACACCUCAGAGGGCUGGAGACAACAGCCACAUAUGACCCAGCCACACAAGAGUUUGUCUUGAACAGUCCCACAGUCAGCUCAAUCAAAUGGUGGCCUGGAGCACUUGGAAAGACUUCAAACCACGCCAUUGUUCUAGCCCAGCUUUACACUCAGGGAAACUGCCACGGUCUGCACGCUUUCAUCGUACCCAUCCGUGACAUGGACACACAUGUACCCCUGCCAGGUAUUGUGGUUGGAGACAUCGGCCCCAAGUUUGGCUUCAGUGAAGUUGACAACGGCUUCCUGAAACUAGAAAACGUACGAAUCCCACGGGAGAACAUGCUGAUGAAAUACGCCAAGGUGGAGCCAGAUGGAACCUAUGUGAAGCCGCCAAGUGCAAAGCUGACCUACGGCACCAUGGUGUUCAUCCGCUCCAUGAUCGUAGGCGAGUCAGCCCGGGCCCUCUCCAAGGCCUGCACCAUCGCCAUCCGCUACAGUGCUGUUCGGCACCAGUCUGAAAUCCGGCCGGGAGAGCCAGAGCCUCAGAUCCUCGAUUACCAGACGCAGCAGUACAAACUGUUCCCUCUGCUGGCUACGGCCUAUGCCUUCACUUUUGUCGGCCAGUACAUGAGGCAGACCUACCACCGUAUCAGUGAAGACAUCAACCAGGGGGACUUCAGUGAAAUGCCUGAGCUCCAUGCCCUGUCUGCCGGUUUGAAGGCCUUCACCACGUGGGCAGCCAACUCUGCCAUCGAGGUGUGCCGCAUGUCAUGCGGCGGCCACGGCUACUCUCGCAGCAGUGCCUUGCCGGACAUUUACGUUGAGUUCACCCCAACGUGCACUUACGAGGGAGAGAACACAGUCAUGAUGCUGCAGACUGCGAGAUACCUGGUGAAGAGCUACCGGCAGGCUAAGGCAGGACAGCAGCUGAGCGGCAUUGUGUCCUAUCUGAAUGAACCAAAGCAUCACAGGGUCCAGCCCCAGCCCGUCGCUGCCAGACCAACCGUGGUUGACAUUAAUGACCUGGUCAGCCUGGUAGAGGUCUACAAACAACGAGCUGCCAUUCUAGUUGAGUUGGCAGCAAAGAGCAUCCAGCAGGAGUUACAGCGCAGGAAGAGCCAGGAGGAUGCCUGGAACAACAGUGCUAUUGACCUGGUCAGAGCCUCCGAUGCCCACUGUCACUAUGUCGUAGUGAAGCUCUUUACUGACAGGCUGGGGGAGAUGAGUGACACAGCGAUACACUCAGUGCUGUCGACCCUGGCUCUGCUGUACGCCCUGCAUGGCAUUGCAAACAACUCUGGAGACUUCCUACAGGCCGGACUGCUGAAUGUGCCUCAGGUGCACCAAGUUUCUGUUCGGAUCAAGGAGCUGCUCUCUCAGCUGAGGCCCAAUGCUGUGGCACUGGUAGAUGCCUUUGAUUUCCACGACAGGAGGCUGAAAUCCGUCCUGGGACGAUAUGAUGGGAACGUCUAUGAGCACAUGUUCGAGUGGGCUCGCCGCUCACCCCUAAAUGCCACAGAGGUCCAUGAAUCCUUCUACAAGUACCUGAAGCCCCUGCGGUCCAAACUGUGAGCUGACCCCAUCGCACCUCGAUUUCUGGCUGUGACCCUUCAGCUCUGCAUAUAUAGGAACAACCUGAAUCGCAUCAACCCAUCAUAUCAACUCCAUGAUGGCCAUCACUGCUGGUAUUUACCAGUCUGAUGAAAUUUAGCCCUCCCUACUUUAUAUGUUGUCAAGCUGAACACCAUAAUCAGCCUCUCUAAAGGCCCUGGUACACUUUAGGCUGCUCUUUUGGGUGAUGGGGGAUGAUGGAGGGAAAUCAGAGUGGGCUGUAAACAGGGAAUGGACAACCUUAAAUAAUCUAAAGACACUGUAAUCAUUAACCAGGAUUCAAACUUUAUCUGUAAUCUUUAAUUAAGUCAUUAUUUCAAGCAAAAAAGAAAAAUUGCUUCAAGAAUACUGAAAACAAAAGAGUAUUUGCAGUUUUAGAACGCCAUGUUUUCUACAGAGAAAUUCCAUUGUUUGGUAGUAUUUCAUUUUCCGCCAUCUUUUCUUCACUUUCUGCUGUGUGCCUGAUGGCUCCUCUGUGUGAGCCAGCCAAGACGAAAAUGCAGUCUCUCUCUUUCUUUUUCUAACAAGAACAGAAUGUUAUUAUGAAGAUUACAUAAUGUUAGUUGUUUAGGAACAAACCAAUAGCAAAAUCAGUUUUGGUUGUUUCCCCUGACGACAAGGACCAACAUGUUAUUUAUAAAGACCCUGUGCUGUUUGUCAUAAUUGUUAUCGAAGAAGCAUUCGUUUAUCCAUGGCGGUUAUCAACCGCUGCACGCAUUAAGAAGGAAGUAGACAAGUCUGUGGCAGCCCACAGUCAUAAUGUAUUUUUGCACUGGAUAAGCAGACUUGCAAAUUAGAGCAGAUGUCAAACAGAAACAUUAAGUAACGAUAUAAAUACAGUCCCCUGUAAAAUACUGUGUCAACACCAUUUUUAAACAGGAGAUAAAACCUCUAAUAUACUUCAAGAUACUUCAAGACUCCGGGUUUUUUCCGGGUUUUUCAAAUGGAAAUGCUCACUCAGCCAUUAGCAAAAAGCAGUGACGUAGGUUAAAACAUAAUAGUUAUAUUGCUCUCUUUAAAGCCGUCAGACUCCAACAGAAACAGUUAUUUUACCUCACAGAACACAGGAGUUGCUGGUGUACCGCUGCCUCAACCAGUUAUUCGUGUUAUUGUUUGACUUUUGGAUCCGAGCUAACAUGGCGUCCACCGCAGUACAUUGCGUAGCCUCCGUGCUGGUUUGGGUUGGGGGUUAGAGGUACAUUAGGCAGGCUGGGGUGUUUAUACAUAACAUGUCAUCAUAUAGAAACCUAUGUCUGGUCACAUAGGAAAACAUUUUUAGAGGUGUUUUGGAAAAUAGCAUUUUGACUCUAAAACAUAGGCUCUUUGACUAAAAUUUGAAUGUUCAGAUUUAAAAGGAACACCACUGGAAAGCUAAAGAAUCAUAGAAAAACCUUGAAAAAAAUAAAAUUAUGGGCCUGCCUUUCAAAUACAGCGCCUUAAAAUCAGUCAAACCGUUUCUCUCAGUUUUAACUUAAUACUUCACCCAAAGUGCAUGCUUUUAGUAUCAAAUGCUCUCUCCCUGUUGGUUGCUUGAAUUCAGUGUUCUCCAGUGCUAACAAGUUUUUACAAGAUGUAAAAACACUUAAAAUCCUCUACUUGCUGUAUUUCAAGUUAAAACCAUCUGCCUUUACUCUCAGCCCCACCACCUGUCACAUCUCUUGCUGUAUUAAGGACAAAAUUGUCAUACUUUAAUGAUCCACUUCACAGAUACUAGUGUGAAGGUUAUAUACCUUAUUGUACUCCACUAUUAGAAGCUGAACUCAAUAAAGAGAAGAGAGGCCCAUCAAGAGACUGUGUAUGUGAGACAGUGGAAUGAUUUACUAAGACUUGCCAGAGAGAGUUCUCUGUCGAGCCAUGUGCUCGAUCAUUUCAGUGAAUGAUAACAACAAUAUUCUGUGUGUCCAGGUGCUUCUGAAUGUGUUUGUGGGACAGAAAGGUGUCUGCAGAUAAUGGUGAAGUGUGUCAAAUGUGUAAAAAGCACCUGUGAGGACAGGUAGUGUGGAUUUCUGACAGCGAUUUAGUGUUGAAUUAGGCCACAUAUGCACUGUAUAUGUGGAUAAAUAUUCUCCCUCCCUGCUGUGUGGGGUUGAUUUAUUAUAAAGAAGGGUAAAAAAAAACCCCAGCCAACAUCUUCAUGGAUUCUUUUUCUAGUUUUUAUUCAAGCACAUUUCUAACUAGAAACUUAAAUAAGUCAAUCGUUAAUAUACUGCUUUGUUCUGACUGAAUUCAUCUGAUUCAUGUAUGAUGAAAUAUGUGUAAACUGGAUAGGUCUCUUUUUUCCCUUUUUUAAGAUUAAUGCAAACAAAUACAACAGUUUUAGAAAAAUCUGUAAUAAACUGACUCAGCAAGCAUGAGUUUAUUUUCUUCAUGCAGCAAUCAAAUCCAACUGACUAAAUGGUAGAUAGUAAGGCUAGUAAAUAAAAAUAGCUACAGAGGGACUCUCUGGUGACUAACGACAUGAUGAUGACAGAAAGAGCUUUAAUCUAAAGCCUCACUAAGAACUGUGAAGAUGAUUUGUUGGAUAAUUAUGUGCCUGAGGAUAUUAUCUUUUCUUGUUGUAAUUAAGUGAGAAUGUUCUCACAAGGCUCGUAGUAUUUCAUUUCUGUGUUUGUACAACUUCUAAUCCAUUAACUCCUGCCGCAAGGGCGGGAUUAUGAAUAUGUAAUGACUCAGCUCUUUGUUAAGCAUAUUUUUGUGAUAUUGUUUGAUUGAAUGAUAAUGAUUUUAAUAGUUGGUUAAUAAUUUGACCUGUAAGUUAUAUUAAUAAAAACAUAAUAAUCAUGUG